AUGGUCGAAUUUGAACAAGAACAAAAUAAUAAUAAUACCGAUAAUCAUGAUCAAUUUGAUAUCAUUGAAGAAAUUCAAUUAGGCAAUAAUAAUAAUAAUCAAAAUAAUAAUAAUAAUAAUAAUAAUAGUGAAGAUGGAGCAGAUGAAGAUGGCCAAGUAGAUGUAGAUAAAGGUAUAGGGGAUUUUAAGAAAAUGGCUGCUCAUUUGGAAAUGGAGAGUGAAAGGUAUAGAUUAGAAAAUGAUGGUGAUUUAGAAGGUCGUCCAGCCGAAACAGAGGAGGACUUUAAACUUCGUCGUUAUUUUGAAGAUUCCAAAAGACAAUUGGCAUCCAAUGGUGCAAAGCCAAAGAAAAUGGGUAUCAGUAUUCGUGACUUGACUGUAGUAGGAAGAGGUGCCGAUGCUUCAAUUAUUCCAGAUAUGUUAACACCUGUAAAAAGAUUUUUUAAUUUAUUUAAUCCAUAUUCUUGGAAAGGAGAAAAUGGUACAACAUUUGAUAUUCUUCAUAAUAUAAAUGCAUUUGUAAAGGAUGGUGAAAUGUUGUUGGUUUUGGGUAGACCUGGAAGUGGUUGUAGUACAUUGCUUAGAGUCAUUUCAAAUCAACGUGAAUCUUAUGUAGAGGUAAAGGGUGAUGUUUCAUAUGGUGGUUUACCAUCAAAGAAAUGGGGCAAGUAUAGAGGUGAAGCUAUUUAUACUCCAGAAGAAGAUGCUCAUUAUCCAACCCUGACUGUAAGAGAGACACUCGAUUUCACACUCAAGGUCAAAACACCAGGCCAACGUUUACCAGAUGAAACCAAACGUAGUUUCCGUGACAAGAUUUUCAAUUUGUUGGUUGGUAUGUUUGGUAUUGUUCAUCAAGCCGAUACAAUGGUUGGUAAUGAAUGGGUUCGUGGUCUAUCAGGUGGUGAACGUAAACGUAUGACCAUCACUGAAGCAAUGGUUUCAGCAUCACCCAUCACAUGUUGGGAUAGUUCUACUCGUGGUUUGGAUGCUGCUUCUGCACUCGAUUAUGCCAAGUCACUUCGUAUCAUGUCUGAUACACUCGACAAGACCACUAUCGCUUCGUUCUACCAAGCUUCCGAUUCAAUCUAUCAUCAAUUUGACAAUGUAUUGGUAUUGGAAAAGGGUAGAUGUAUCUAUUUCGGUCCAAUUGGUGAAGCCAAACAAUACUUUUUGGAUAUGGGGUUCGAGUGUGAACCAAGAAAAUCAAUUGCCGAUUUCUUGACUGGUGUCACUAACCCCCAAGAAAGAAAGGUUCGUGAGGGAUUCGUUGGUCUUGCUCCACCCCAAACAUCUGUCGAGUUUGAAGCUCGUUGGUUACAAUCCCCACAAUACCAACGUUCAUUGGCUCGUCAAAAAGAGUUUGAAGAACAAAUUGAACGUGAACAACCACACCUUGUAUUUGCCGAACAAGUCAUUGCUGAAAAGUCCCGUACCACUCCAAACAGCAAGCCAUAUGUAACCUCGUUUAUCACUCAAGUCAUGGCAUUGACAGUACGUCAUUUCCAAUUGAUUGGUAAUGACAAGUUUGGUAUUUUCUCUCGUUACAUUUCAUUGACCAUUCAAGCCAUCCUCUAUGGCUCUGUAUUUUACAAAGCUGGUGGUGAUUACAAUGGUCUGUUUACCAGAGGUGGUGCCAUCUUUGCCAGUCUCUAUUUAAAUGCCUUCCUUUCACAGGGUGAGCUGCCACUCACGUUUGUCGGUCGUCGUAUCCUCCAAAAGCACAAGUCAUACGCCAUGUACCGUCCAUCAGCCUUCCUUGUUGCCCAAGUCAUCACUGAUAUUCCAGUCCUUGCACUACAAGUAUUCCUCUACUCGAUCAUUGCCUAUUUCAUGUUUGGUCUGCAAUACUCGGCCGAUCAAUUCUUUAUUUUCGCAUUUACUUUGCUUGGUUCGGCUCUUACCUAUACCAAUCUAUUCCGUCUGUUUGGUAACUGUUUCCCAUCGUUGUUUACCGCUCAAAAUUCAAUCUCUGCCUAUCUCAUCUUUAUGUUGACCUUUGGUGGUUAUGCCAUCCCCUACCCCAAGAUCAAAGAGGUUAUGUGGUUUGGUUGGUUCUAUUGGAUCAAUCCAGUUACCUAUGCUUUCAAGGCAAUGAUGGCCAAUGAAUUUAGAGAUGCCAGCUUUGACUGCUCUACCAGUGCUAUUCCCAUGGGUGAGUCGUACACUGAUCCAGCCUACCGUGUCUGUCCCAUCCCAGGUUCAACUCCAGGUCAAAUGUCAAUAUCUGGUGAAGCCUAUCUCGAACACACAUUCUCUUUCAAGAUUGAUGAUCGUGCUCUUAAUAUUUGUAUCCUUUAUCUCUGGUGGUUACUCUUUACCGCUCUCAAUAUGAUUGCAAUGGAAAAGUUUGAUUGGACCAGCGGUGGUUACACUCAAAAGGUCUACAAGCCAGGAAAAGCUCCAAAGAUUAAUGAUGCCGAAGAUGAACUCAAACAAAUCCGUAUCGUUCAAGAAGCUACUGACAAGCUCAAAGAAAACUUAAAGAUGGAAGGUGGUGAAUUCUCAUGGCAAAACAUUAGAUACACUGUUCCACUUGCUGACAAGACUCAAAAGCUCCUAUUGGAUGAUGUUGAAGGUUGGAUUAAACCAGGUCAAAUGACUGCCUUGAUGGGUAGUUCAGGUGCCGGUAAAACUACACUUCUCGAUGUUUUGGCAAAGAGAAAGACACUUGGUACAGUUCAAGGUACAUCACUAUUGAAUGGUAAACCAUUGGACAUUGAUUUCGAACGUAUUACUGGUUAUGUAGAACAAAUGGAUGUCCACAACCCACAUUUAACAGUUCGUGAAGCACUUCGUUUCUCUGCCAAGAUGCGUCAAGAACCAUCAGUAUCUUUGGAAGAAAAGUUUAGCUAUGUCGAACAUGUCCUUGAAAUGAUGGAAAUGAAACAUCUUGGUGAUGCUCUUAUCGGUGAUUUGGAAUCUGGUGUUGGUAUCUCUGUUGAAGAACGUAAACGUCUUACCAUUGGUACUGAGCUCGUCGCCAAGCCACAUAUUCUCUUUUUGGAUGAACCUACUAGUGGUCUUGAUUCACAGUCGUCGUACAAUAUCAUCAAAUUCAUUCGUAAGCUUGCUGAUGCUGGUAUGCCAUUGGUUUGUACCAUUCAUCAACCAUCAUCCAUCUUGUUUGAAUAUUUCGAUCGUCUCUUAUUAUUGGCAAAGGGUGGUAAAACAGCCUACUUUGGUGAUAUUGGUGAAAACAGCAAGACAUUGACAUCUUAUUUCGAACGUCAUGGUGUGCGUACUUGCAACCCAUCAGAGAAUCCAGCCGAGUAUAUGCUCGAAGUCAUCGGUGCUGGUGUCCAUGGAAAGACCGAUAUUGACUGGCCAGCUGCCUGGAAGGCAUCACCAGAAUGCUCAGACAUUACCAAACAACUCAAUGAAAUGAGAGAAAGAAAUGUCCGCAUCAACGAACAAUCAAGUCAAAAAGCAAGAGAAUUCUCCACAUCGGGUAUCUACCAAUUCUGGGAGGUGUACAAGCGUAUGAAUAUCAUCUGGUGGCGUGAUCCAUCCUAUUCAUUUGGUCGUUUCUUCCAAUCGGUCCUCACUGGUCUCGUACUCGGUUUCAGUUAUUUCCAACUGGACAACUCGUCAUCGGAUAUGCUUCAAAGACUCUUUGUUGUAUUCCAAGGUAUUCUCCUCUCGAUCAUGCUCAUCUUUAUUGCCAUCCCACAAUUCUUUAUUCAAAGAGAGUAUUUUAGAAGAGAGUAUGCCUCCAAGUACUAUUCUUGGGGACCAUUUGCCUUGUCCAUCGUCCUCGUCGAAUUGCCAUACAUCAUUGUCACCAAUACCAUCUACUUUUUCUGUUCAUACUAUACUGUCGGACUUGAAUUCGAUGCAGAGACUGGAUUCUAUUACUGGUUGGCUGGUACUGUUUUCCUCUUUUACAGUGUAUCUUUUGGUCAAAUGAUUGCAGCCAUCUGUGUCAACAUGACACUUGCAAUGACUCUUACACCUCUUCUCAUCGUAUUCCUUUGGUUAUUUGGGGGUGUGAUGGUCAGCCCGGGCUCCAUCCCAACAUUCUGGAAGUAUACAGCCUAUCCUAUGAAUCCAACUCGUUACUAUCUCGAAGGUGUCAUUACCAAUGUUCUCAAAGACCUCACUGUCAAAUGUUCCUCAGUCGAUCUCCUCAGAUUCAAUGUGCCAGCCGGCCAAACAUGUGGUGACUAUGCCCAAGAGUUUAUCAACGCUGCUCCAGGUUACAUUGACAAUCCAAUGGACACUGAAAACUGUGGCUACUGUAUCUAUGAAAAUGGAAGUGAUUAUUAUCAUGGUUUGGAGUGGUCUGAAACUAAUCGUUGGAGAAACUUUGGAAUCGUCUUAUGUUACUGGGUAUUCAAUGUCUUAUUAAUAAUGGGAUUUGUUUAUCUUUCAAGAAAGGCUCAAAGAUAA